GGACCCAGUGAGGCCACACCUCUUCCGGUCUGCAGUAGUUGCUGGGAACCCGAGUGUUAAGAAAGGGAGAGGCGGUUGUGCUCUUACCUCCUGGGCUUGACCUAGGCGUUCUAGAUGGCGGCAGAGGUGUUACCCAGUGCGAGGUGGCAGUACUGUGGGGAGCCGGACGAGAGCCAGAGAGCUGUACUGGUCCAGUUCUCCAAUGGGAAACUGCAGAAUCCAGGCAACCUGCGCUUCACUUUGUACAACAGCACUGACUGCACAAAUCCCAGAAAGAGGAGUCAGAGGAUCCUGGCAGCUGAAACAGACAGACUUUCCUAUGUUGGAAACAAUUUUGGGACUGGAGCCCUCAAAUGUAACACUCUGUGCAGGCACUUUGUGGGAAUUUUGAACAAGACUUCUGGCCAGAUGGAAGUAUAUGAUGCUGAAUUGUUCAAUAUGCAGCCACUGUUUGCAGAUGAGUCAAUUGAGAGUGAACCCACAUUGGAGGGUCAGAGCAAAACUUUCAGAGACAAGAUGGACUCUUGCAUUGAAGCCUUUGGUACCACCAAACAGAAACGAGCUCUGAACUCCAGGAGAAUGAACAAAGUUGGUAGUGAAUCUUUGAAUCUAGCAGUAGCUAAAGCUGCAGAAGAGAUCAUUGAUACAAAGGGUGUGGAAGCACUAGUCAGUGAUGCCAUCCAGGGUGACUUGCAAGAUGACUCCCUCUACCUUCCUCCCUGCUAUGCUGAUGCAGCCAAGCCUGAAGAUGUGUAUAAAUUUGAAGAUAUCCUAUCCCCUGUGGAGUAUGAUGCUCUUGAGGGCCCAUCUGAAGCUUUCAGGAAGGUGACAUCAGAAGAGAUACUGAAGAUGAUUGAAGAGAACAGCCACUGCUCCUUUGUCAUAGAAGCACUGAAGUCUUUGCCAUUAAAUGAGGAGAGCAGAGAUCACCAUGCCCGGUGUAUAUGGUUUCUAGAUACCCUCAUCAAAUUUCGAGCUCAGAGAGCGAUAAAGGGGAAAAGUGCCCUGGGGCCUGGAAUCCCCCACAUCAUCAACACCAAACUGCUGAAGCAGUUUACCUGCUUGACUUACAGUAAUGGCAGAUUACGGAAUAUAAUUUCAAAUUCUAUGAAAGCAAAGAUCACUGCCUAUGUGAUCAUACUUGCCUUGCACAUGAAUGACUUCCAGAUUGACCUGACAGUGUUACAGAGAGACCUGAAACUCAGUGAGAAAAGGAUGAUUGAGAUAGCUAAAGCCAUGAGGUUGAAGAUCGCUAAAAGAAAGGUGUCAUUGUUACCUGGCAGGGAAGAAGAUCAUAGGCUGGGCACUCUGUCCAUCCCACUGCCUCCAGCUCAGACCUCAAACCACCAGUCAAAGCGGAAGAAGAUGUAAAUAUAUGUAUGCUUUCCAGGCAGCCAUUUUGGCCACCUCAUAGUCACUGCUAGAAAAGGAAAUGAAAGGACUCUUGCCUCAGCAUGAGUAGUCAGAAGCCAACAUCUCAGUCAUGCCUGUUUUAUGUAGAAAUAUAAAGUGAUGGCCAGACUGACUUCAUCUCCCUCUUGUGUCACUGUAAGUGGCAGAUGUUUCUCAUGUUUGCAUGUGUGGGAUUUGUGACAGUGGGGUCUGAGAAGUCCUAAGAUUUCACCGGGCUGAACCCUGAGCCACAUCUGAGUCUUGAAAGGCCAGUGCAGUAGGUGUGAGAAUCUAGCAUAGCAGGGCUGAGAAAACUUGGCUUCCAGCUUCAUCAGGAGCUGUGGGUCACCAGUAGGAGGGUGCUGUCAAGACAAGCUACUUAUAGAUUGUUCUAAUAAGGUGGAGCCAAGUCAAGAAGUGAUAAUCCCAGUUUUUCUGCCUGGGUAAGGUCACAUAAUGGGGAAGUUAGCCAAGUGGGACGAGAAAUUAAUUUAUUGGAAAGCAUUGAUGGUCAACCAGUGCCUUCACCUGCUAUUUGGAUGCAGGCUUUGCUAGCAGGACAACUGGCAGUGAAGCUCCUAGUUUGCUAAAGGACCCGUGGAUAGAGGCUAGGCUGUCUGUCCCCACAAUACCAAAGGAUUACCUGGUUGUGACUGAAAGCAAGGAGUUCAAGGCCAAAAAAAAAAAAAAAAAAAAAAA